AUGCCCAGCAAUCAGAAUCGGCCUUUCCGCGUCCGCGACGCGGGCGCCGAGGGCGCGGCAGCAGUCGCCAAACUGUUAAAAGACUCUGGUAUCCCAUCUGCUCUCUGGGGAGCGAAUGCAGCUGCCUAUCACGGUGGCGGUCUCUGCCCCUUGGAUAUAGAGCUCGUCGUAAAUGAUGCUCAUCAGCAGCGGGCAUUCGGUGUGCUAACAGCCCAUGGGGUCUUACCCGCCAUCCCCGACGAUAGCGAAAGUACACUGCCAAUUGACUACGCACUUUGGCGACAACAAGCGCCCUCGUAUCGAUACCGAGACCGCCGUCGCGUGCGAAUAUGCAGCCAUUUAUACAAACUACCACCGAGCGGAGACUGGCUUGAGGAUUCUCUGCUUCCAUACAUCAUCCUGUAUUCGGCUGAGACUGUUGGCCUGCCUUCACUUCCGCCCUUUCCACACACCAAGCUUCCACGGUUGGUUGGAUCGCGACAAUCUUACGUCCUCGCGCCCGCGCUUCAUAGUCCACGAAUGUCACUGAGCAAAUUCGGUACCAAGGGCGAAGUCCUAACAACCGCAUUCGCGGCUCUCGUUGAAUCGGAAAUGAACGUUCUGUUGUGGCAUGCAGACUAUCUUUCUCCGGCCUGGGGACAACAUAUGGCUCAGCUUUCUGAACUACUUCGUUCACGAAGCGUUGUAAACGGUCCAGAUGGCUUGCCGGACUUGGUAGAUUCCAGGCUGUCGACUUUCGCGAACUGGAUUCAAUUGGACUUCCGGGGGGAAGCGGACCCUGAGGACUUGGCUGACUUGAAAGACGUUGAAAUUCGACGCAAAGCGGGAGCGAAUCUGGAUCCUCACCACUGUGACUCUUUCUCAUCGGAGCUUUCCUUUUAG